UGUCCACUGACAACUGGAAAGGAGGGUCUCAAUGGUAAGAUUGGAGAAAAUACUAUAGAUGAAAAUUCUAAUCCUAAGAACAAUAGGAAAGUAUACAGGCAACAAGAGAACAGUAACAUUCUUUCCUGCACACCAGACAUGCUUUCUGAAACCAAAAAUAUCUUAGAUAAACUUAAAGAAACAAAAUACCAAGAAACAGAAAACUCAGAGGAAGUCCAAAAAUCUAGAAAGAUUCAUCCUGUGAUGAGGAAAACGGAUAGAAAGGGAAAUCACGAUUUUAUGGGAAAUAGGCAAGACAAAGACAAACACUACAUUUUCUCACAUCUGAAAAAUCUAGAUUUAAAUAUGUUUCUGUGUGUGGUCAUAGAUUAGAAAAGGGAACACAGACAUGAAAAAGAGAUCUUGGGGAGAAAGAAUGAUGCAACAUCUGUGACAGGAAAGCAGAAAGGGGGCUAUGUGGAAGAGGAAGGGGAUUAGCAAAAUGGGGCAAACGGAUGAGGAAGACUGAAGCAUGUAUCAAAAUGCCAUAAUGCUACCUAUUACUUUGCACACUAACUUUAGAAGCUGAUUUAAGAAACCUGUAUAUUUCUACUCUAAACAAGUGCUUCUCAACCUGUGAGUUUUACUACCUACAGGCGUGGUAUAUAUAUGUGUGUGUGUGUCUAAAAAGAGUUAAUAAAUGUAAUAGUUUACUUUGUUUCCUUGUGAAAGCACAAUCUUUCAACAGUUUUCAUAUAUUUUUCAUUGUAUCUUGAAAAAAAUUUUUCUCUUAAAUGUUUCUUCAAACUCCAUAGGAAACUUACUGUAGAAAGAAACCCAGUGUGCAACCUAAAGAAAAUACUGUGACGUCUUUCUCAUAGACAGACACAUGAAGUAGAUGGUGCAGCAGGUCACUGACAGCCUAAGUGUUCCAGAGAAGAGAUAGAUCUUGGAUUUAACUAGAGAUGAAAAUACGGCACCAUGUGAGAUUUUGAGACCUUGUAAAUAGGGAAGCAAAUAUUACCUUUGUAUUUUCUCGAGCCAUUGAUACCAUGCUGGAAUGCUCUAUCCCACCAUUUCUGACCACAGCUUUGGUUUUUUCGUUUUGUUUUUUUCUUCUCUCUGCUUAUGAGAACAAAUUUCAAGAGCAAUCAUGUCUACUUUGCUGUUCAUAGUCCAACAGCUAAGAACUCCAUAAUAACUAUGCCCCAAACAAUGUCUACAUGGUAGGUAUGAGCCUUGAUUCCUGCUGAAUAACAACUGACCUUGCUAUCACUAAUUUAUACCAGAUAGAGUUUCAAGCCUUUCUAUAUGAGCUGAAUUUCCCAUUUGAAAACUAAAGAUUUUUUUUUUUAUCAAUGUGUGUUAUGGAAUAGAAUAUUUGUUUAACUAUGAAAAGAUGUGUUGGAUUUGAUUGUGUUGCAGAAUAAUUGUUUAGUUCUGUAAAGGUGGAUUGCAUUUGUUUUUGCUGCAUUUAAUUAUGUAAAAAUUAUAUGUUGCUGUUUUACCUUGCCUGCUUAAGGCACCUGAUGGUUCUAAUAAAAAGCUGGAUGGCCAAUAGCUAGGCAGAGGAUGAAUGGGCGGGGCUAGUGGCAGAGAAAAAAGGGGAGCCAGGCAGUCAGACUUAGAGGAAGCAGGAUGGACAGUAUGUAGAUGAGGUAAAUGACCCUCAGGGCAGCACAUAGAUUAAUGGAAAUGGGUUAACUUAAGUUAAAAAAAAAAGCUAGCUAGAAACAAGUCUAAGCUAAG